AUGAAACGCGGGGGCAAGGUGUGCGGCCGGGGUCGGGGGGUGGCCGCCGCCAAUGGGACUCUGCUGGGGCGCAGCUUCAGCCUGGGCGACCUCAGCCACUCGCCACAGACUGCCCAGAGAGUCGAGAGGAUCGUCAGGGAGGUGAAGAGGAAGAAGGGUCUCUCAGAGGUGCCAGAGAGAGAUAAGAAGAUCGCGGCACUGAUGAUCGCCAAGCACCAGGAGGCCAACCUCCUGCGGGAGCAGCGGCAGGCAGCCCACCUGCAGUGGGACAGCCAGCGGCGCCUGGCUGAGCAGAGGAAGGAGCAGGAGGAGAAGGAGAAGCAGAAGGCCCUCCUGCAGGGACAGCGGAUGUGGGAGAGCCAGGUGGAGAAGCGGCGAGGGAGACUGAACCAGGAGCAGGAGGAAGCCGCCCUGAUGAAACAGAGGCAGCUCCUGGUGUGUGAGGAGAGGUGGCGGGAGCAAGCGGAGAAGCAGGAGCGGCUGCGGAGGGAGAGGCUGGAGAGGGCCAUCAGGGAGGACAAGCAGAAAAAACUCCAUCAAGAGCUCAACCUGAAGGCGAAGGAAGAGGUCAAGAAGGAGCACCAGGAGCGAGAGGAGCAGCUCCUGCAAGAGAAGCUGUCCACAGCUGCACAGAAGAGGCUGAAGAAGGAGGUGCAGCUGCAGAAGGAAAAGAGACUGUUCAACCAAGCAGAGAAGCUGAAGCAUGAGGCCUUGCUGAAGGAACUGGCCAAGCAAGAGGCAGAAGAGAAGGAAAUGCUGAAGGCAUCCCUGCAGAUGAGUUUGACAAAGGCUCAGGAGAACUACGAGCAGCUUGUGGAGAAAAGGAACCAGGAGCUGAGGGAGAAGGCCAGGCGUGAGGACAUGCAGAUCCAGAGAGCUAAACUGGCAGCAGAGAGGAAGGAAAGAGAGCAGAGGGAGCACUUGGAAGCACUGGCUAGAGAGAGAGAGAGAAAGCUCCAGCAUGCUGCCCAGGUGGCUGAAGAGGCUGUCCAAGAAAAAGCCCGCAAAGUGGUCUUGAGCCGUCUGGAAAAGGAAAAAGUGCAGAAGAUGAACAAGCAAAAGGUGGAACAGUAUGAGGACUUGAGGCGCAGGGAAAUACUCCUCUCUAUAGAGAGGAAGCUGGAGAGAAGUGAGCAGAUCUUCAAGGAGAAGAAGACUGUCUUAGAAAAUGCCAGGUCUGUUGCUCGAGCAUCCUUCCAUGUCCGGGAAAAGGUGCGGGAGGAGACGAACAUGCGCACCUUUGACAAGAUGGCCUUCGAAGCAGAACUGCAUGCUCACCUUAGUAAGAAAUGAAAGAUCUUGUCAUGGGUGAGUGAGGAUGCACCGCUGGUUGUCCAUCAUGAUGUGACAGAAAGCUCCUCGGCAUGAGCAUUGAAAAAAGAACGAAAACCAACGCCCACUCUAAUUUCAUAUUUUGGGGGAGCAGGGUACCGCACAAAAAUGUGGCAGCUAUUUCACAUACUGUUUUAAAUACGUUUUUCGUUCUGGGUGUGUUUUAAAGACUGAUCUCAGUCAUCUUUACAGAGAGGGACCAAGUUUUUGUGUCCUCCACCCCUCAAGCACAUGCGUUUUUUUGGAGAGAGCUGCAAAGUCCGCUUGAAGCCUCUUGAGUUACUGAUUGAUGGUCCUCACCAGAGGUGACUACAGCUGCGCUCUCCAGCUGGAAAUGCGAACAGAGGUUGAUGACUUCUAGAGCCUGCUGAAUAAGAACCAAAACCACCCAAGCUGAUUCUGCCUGGAGUGACGAGUAUUUCGGCUUAAGUUACUGGACUGCAUUUCCAAAGCUGCUGCACUCCCAUGCUGAGCUGAAGGUGAGGAAGGCUGGAGUACAGAAAGCCGUACACCCUUGGGUGCCCCUUGGCUGCUGCUAGUACCAAGCUAGGAAAAGCACAGAUCAAGGCCAUACAAGUAGACAUCAUGAUCAGAGCUGGGCUGAAGCUGUCUGAAAGUGCUCACAAACAAAAUUCCGUUUAUGCUGUUUGUAACUGUUACCCCUCCCAGGUAUCCUCACCUCUCCUUCUCCUUUCCAAGUUUCUCUUGCAAACAUCUGUAGAAUUCCUUCUUUUCUUUUGGAGGAUGGAGAAAGGGAGAGAAAUUUGUGGACGGUUCACAAACUGACAAGCACCCACACAAGCCACUUGUUCAUUAAGAUAUAAAAAUGAGUGAACCUAUGGAAUCUGGACUUUGGGGGACAUACAGAGGUCACUUGUAAAUGGAAAUCACCACCAUCAGGAAUUCUCAAAAUUUAAGAAGACCCUCAGCCACCUUAUUUAAUUUGCCCUACCUUGAGCAGGAGGUUGGACCAGAUGUUCUCCAGAGUUCCCUUCCAACCUUAUAGUUCUCAUGAGCUGCAUACAAUGAGACAUUCGCCCAGCUCUUAUCAUCUGCUGAGCAGGGCAGCAUUUUUCUGUCCGCUGGUGCUAAGAGUUGUCUUCUUAUAUAGAGCACAAGAAAGAGUAGAUGCACAAAAUAAGGUACAUUACGGAUUCUCUUAGAGGAGGAUCAUGUCUUUUUUAUAAGAGUUAACACUGUUCAGAGGGAACUGAGUCCUUCUACAAUUAAAUACACAGAAAUGUGAAAAGCCUACCUGUGCCCUGCGCACAGCAUUCAAGUACAACAGUGUUCUGCUCCAGGUUUCUUACGUUUACUCUUCGUUGAAUUGGAGUUGCAAGCACACAUCCAAAGCAGGCACUUUUUUCUGGCUCUGGGCAGCAUCAGCUUUCUGCUCCACCAUCCGUGAUGCUGUAUUGGGUUGCUCUGGUGGUAGCAGCCAGACCUGGAGCACAGAGGAGAAGCAGCAAGAAAAGACAGGGUUUUGUUUCUUUGCAGAUGUCUCUGACGUACAACACAGUAGAAGAGACAACCAGAAGAGGGUUGAUGUAUGGCACAGAUAAGCAGUCUCGCAUGCAUAGAUUGCUUACCAGAAUUUCCCAGGAGGUAACAGCAGAUCAGAGCCCUCCUAGAAGGCUUUAAAGAAGAUGUUGAAUGAACAGUAACAAUAGACCAAAUGCACCUUGGUGCCCUGCAAGGCCAGAGACAUUACACAAACAGUGUUGAAAAUUAAGAAGUAGGUAUUUUUUAUUAUUAUUUUUAUAGGACUUGGUCUCUGAGACAGUACAAUUGGUGGUGUUAAGGGCAAGCAGCAUGAAAGUAGGAAUUAGGGCACCUGAGCAAUGUUUGCUCUGUCAGUCGUUGGCUCACUGUGUAAUGCCAGGCAAGUCUUCAGAGACUGGACUUGCUCCUAUUGGCACAAAGGGAAGUGGAGUUGGGCUCUUGGGGUUGCUGGGACUCGCAGGAAAUAGUAAGACUCGACUUAGCAAAGCACUUCAAAGACUUCGGACAAAUGUUGCUUAUAAAGCACAAAGUUAUAUUUAUUUAUUUAUGUAUUUAUUUAUUUGAGUGGUUAUUAAAGUAAAACAUCCUUUGGUGAAAAGCAUUAACACCCAAAUCUGGUAGCUGUGGAAAGGACAGCUGAAUUACUGUUUCCAGCAGGGAGGCUAUCCCCUCACCCUCGUCCUCAAAGCAGCAAUUAGAACAGUGAAACGAAUCCUGCUCCAACACUGGACAAGGUCCUUGAAAAAACAUAGACUUCUCCACAUGUUGUCUAUGCUGCAGUGAUCUAUGUGUGCCCUUGUAGCUGCAAAGACCUACAAGAGAUGGCCAGUGGCCCAAAUCCAGCCAGUGCAAAACUGCCCUUGCUCCUUGACAGCACUAGAGUUGGGAUAAAACCUGCAGUGACUCCAGCACAGCCAAUGUUUCAUCUGGUUUGUAGCCUUUGGGGCUGCAGAGAAAGCCUGCCAGCAUGGAUUUAAGGGUUUUUGCUUCCUGUGUCGUUGCACUGUGAUUGAAAUUCACUGCUUGGUUCACUUAGCAGAGGGAAAACGGGGAGAGCUGGGAAACGGUAGAAGGAAGGCAGAUGGUGGUGGGUGAAUGAGCAGGCAGCCUCUAGCUGGAGCAGCAUGUUUUCCCUAAAGCUCUGCUGCAGUGUACCUGAAGACUGUCCAAACCUCCCUGUGACAAGGGCAUUUCCAGAUGGAGAAUACGCUGCAGCCCUGGAGACAUGUCUUGGCCACUGACUGUAAUUACACCUGGGGUACAUCUCUUGCUGCUGACUGAGUUUGACACCUUGGGGCUACAGCUGAACUAAUCAACACAAACCUACAUGAUGGUAAUUGGAUUGGCAAACUAGUGUUCCUAUACUGUGCAGUGUACAGCUCAAGUUUUGAAUGUGCAAUCUGAGAAAAAAAUAUUUUUUUUUUCAAAAGA